AUGCCGCGUGUUUGCAUAACCGGUGGCGGCGGAUAUUUUGGCCAACGGGUCGCCUACGAAUUUUUGGAGCAAGGUUACGAAGCAAACCUCCUCGAUAUCAAUUUUGAAGCCCCGCCCCCUGGAAUAAUGGCUCAAUCCUCGAUCGUAAACUCGUGGAAAACGCGCUGGGAAAUUGCGACACCUGCGUCCACAUUGCAGCUUAUGGCAUGGGAGGAAAAGGAGCAUGCAACAAGAAGC